AAGACCUUACCAGAAUUUAAGUGUGCUUUGUUUAUUUAGGUCCCUGACCAGAUAAGCUAAGUUGAGACCCCUUUCAGGUUGUUUUGAUUUACAGAACAGAGACGGAGAAGAUUGGUGUCUUUUCUGAGUAUCUCCACAUCUCACUUUUCUUCCUCCUCUCCUUUCCGGGGCUGGAGAUGACACCUGCCAUCUUUCUGGGCUGAACGCGGCGAGGAGAAGACGCCACGGCCAAGGCCCUUCGGGAAGCAUCCAGAACUUGCUCUGAACAUUUCCUUCCUUCGGACUCUCCUUCCCCUCGGGACGCCUCGGAGUGACGCUCGGAAAGACGAGGGAGCAGGAAGCCGCAACCAGAACCUUCGGAAACCCGGGCAGGCAGGCCCGGAGGCCACAGGGCUGGCCAAGCCCGUUAAAGCAGUGACAGCAGUGACUCAGGCUUCGGCGUCCCAGACUUCCGAACGCACCGCGGGAACCGGGCAAGCCCGCCCCGACGCGUGACAGAAAAGGAUCCUCACUUUUCAUUGGCUGGCCACCCUGGAAUCUUCAUUCCCAUUGGCUGUUGCUCCUGUCACGUCCCUUCACCACACCCACUUUCCCGUCGGCGCCCAGUGAGCUCUGCGGGAACGUGAUUUCCCCAAAUCGGGGCGGGAGCCCGCGCGGCAGGCUCGAUCCUCCUCCCUGGCGCGGCCCGCCCCGCCCCUGGCCCCGGCCCCGGCCCGGCCCGGCCCGGCCAGGCCGCCCCGCCUCCCCCUCCGAGAGGGCGGGGUCCGGGCGGCGGCCGCGGCCGCAGGAAUGUGCUGGAAGCAGGCGGGCGGGCGCCCGGAGGUGCUGAAGGGACAGUUCCCACCGAACUUGCCGGGCGGCCGCGGGGAGGGUGGGGCUGCCCCGGAGCCGGCCUGCCGGGCGCGUCGGGAUGGAGACCAUCUGGAUCUACCAGUUCCGCCUCAUCGUGAUCGGCGACUCCACGGUGGGCAAGUCGUGCCUCCUGCACCGCUUCACGCAGGGCCGCUUCCCGGGGCUGCGCUCCCCCGCCUGCGACCCCACGGUCGGCGUGGACUUCUUCUCGCGCCUGCUGGAGAUCGAGCCCGGCAAGAGGAUCAAGCUGCAGCUCUGGGACACGGCGGGGCAGGAGCGCUUCAGAUCAAUAACUCGAUCUUAUUACCGCAACUCAGUUGGUGGAUUUUUAGUAUUUGACAUUACUAACCGACAAUCUUUUGAACAUGUGAAAGAUUGGCUGGAAGAAGCAAAAAUGUAUGUACAGCCAUUUCGGAUUGUAUUUUUGCUAGUGGGACACAAAUGCGACUUAGCUUCAAAACGACAAGUUACAAGGGAAGAAGCUGAAAAGCUGUCCGCGGACUGUGGUAUGAAAUAUAUAGAAACCUCAGCAAAAGAUGCUACAAAUGUUGAAGAAUCCUUCACUAUCCUGACAAGAGACAUAUAUGACCUUAUCAAAAGGGGAGAGAUUUGUAUUCAGGAUGGCUGGGAAGGGGUGAAAAGUGGUUUUGUUCCAAAUAUUGUGCAUUCUUCUGAGGAAGCAGUGAAGCCCAGGAAAGGAUGCUUCUGCUGACUUCAAACAUGCCAAAGAACCAUCAAGAACAGGUGGACGUCAUUCCAGGAUCGAAACCACCAUCAGCACUGUUUUGUAAGGUGUUUGAUCCAGAGUUCUAUGCUUACAUUUUACACUUCAAGACUCGGUGUUUUGCUAAAAUAUCAGGCAAAGCAGACAACUUUUUCUUGGAAUUAUCAAAUUACCCCCUUUCCUACUUUGUUAGCAUAUAGCUGAACUAAUGUCCAAAUAUGUCAAUAUUACUCAUUUUUCUUGACAGUUUGAAAUGGGUUUUUGUACAUCUAUAGUCUGAUUGAAAAAAUUUUAUCAGGAAUUAUGUUCUGUUGUUCAUUUACUAAUAUUGAAUAAUAAAGUGAUUUAAAAGUGCACUGUUCACUUACAAAUUAAGCAAUCUCAGAGUUAUCAACUAGACUAAAAUAGCAGUUCCCUGUUUAAGGUACAGUACCAGGUUUUUUAAACAUUUAAAAUAUUUAUUUUCCCUUAAUUUUGCCUUAACAUAAAAAAAUAAGUUUUAUACUCAUUUUUGUUCUCUGAUUUAUUGCUCCUGAAAAGUUUGUUUUAUGAAGCUAUCUAAGGAUCUAGGCAAAAUAUUGCAUUGAAAAUAUUUAUAAAGAUAAAAACAAACACUUAUCAGUGAAUGUUUUGAUGUUACAGCAUACUGUUUUAGACAAUAAAAAGAAAUGUAUUUCUAUACUGACAUUUUCAAAAAAGUAAAAGCAAUUUACCUUGAACUAGUGUCAAAAUUACCGUAUUUUCCCAUGUAUAAGACGCCCUCAUGUAUAAGAUGCCCUCCACUUUUCUAACCCCAAAUUAAGAAAUCAAUAUUUUUAACAUUUUGCUGCUUUUCCUCUUAAGGCCCUCUUCUUUUUUGGCAUAUUAAGAAAUUGUUCUUCCUGUUUUCUCCACUGUCUGAUCAUACACUCAGUGGAAGGGGGUCCAAAUUGUCUCUCUGCAGCUCUAUUUCCAUGCUUUUUUGCAUAACUGAUUUCAGUUGAGUUUUGAGAGUAAUACAAUCGCUUACUGGUAUUUAUCUUUUUGUAUUUUGACAUUUUUAUGGGCUCAGAACGAUCUGGUCCCUGUUGCAUCUGCACACUCUCCACCUCCACCUCCAAUUACGGCAUCAGCUGACGUCAGUAUCAACAAGCCUCUGUUGGAAGAAGCCUGUUUGACACGGUAUGGGCAGCUAUGCACCCACAGGCUCCCUCCUUGGCUGACUUCCAUGUGUAAGACGCCCCUCGAUUUUCAGUCUAACAAUUUUAGAAAAA